AUGGAAAUAACCAACGAGCUCCAAUCUGACGGUCGGUCAUCCUCUGAAACCUCCGACACCACCAUCAACGAAUUUCAAAGUAAUAAGACACCGAAAUCUGAAAUCCAAUCCCCAGUGUCUUCUGCAGUAAGAUCUGAUAGUAUCGCUAUCGAGAACGAUUCACAAGAUAGUCGUUCCGCUGUGGGUUUAAUAGAAUCUGCUAUGAAGAGCUCAACGCAUGACGGAACAACUGCAAUGGGGGAUAAGGCUUCGUCACAACCUCAAAUUCAAAGACAGCGAGAAAUUGGUGCUGGCUUAUCGAAAAUUGCGAUAUCAAAGGAGUCCAAUGGCAAAAGCUUGGAACUACUUGUCAGCAAGUCCUCAAAUCACAGAAAAAUGCUCAACCCAACCACCACAACAAGAAGAAGCUCUCGUAUAUCUAAAGCUCCGGCUCGAUACGAAGAUUCUAAAAUUUCCAUUCGCACAUCCGAAGUCCAAAAGAAGGAGAAGGCCAUAGUGGUUGCAUCUGACAAAAGGUCCCCGGAAUUAAACUUCUCUUCAGUUUCCCUUUCGCCAAAACCCCCCAUCGAUUCCCAGGGUGAUGAUACUUCUGCCAAGGUCAACUCAAAGAAAGAAACUACCGUUCAGUUUCAUCCACCGCGCAAAGGUCCAGGAAGACCGCGAAAGCGCCAGAAAUACGAAGAACCCCCCGAAGAAAUUGAAUCAGUUACCCCAGAGUUCUCUCAUACAAAAAAGAGGAAACUUGAUCAUAAAGCUCUCGACGUUACAGCCGCAACUACGAACUUAGACCCUACUUUGACAAAGAUCCUAAAGCCCGAGCAUAAAACUCGUGGUCGUGGCCGUUCGCGUAUCGCUACCAGCUCGACUCGCAAGACUCGCAGCCAGAGCUCCGCUAAGAUUUUCGACUCCAAUUUGCCCGAUUCGUUGGCUCAAUCGCCGUCCACAGAGAGAUCUAGCCCCCCGGAGAGCAUUUCAAAGCUUAACUUCGCCAAGCUCGAUACCAGUUCCCUUUAUUCUUUUAUUGGAGAUGCAAUAAAUCAUUACUCAAGUCUUCCGAAGACAUUGGGCGACCCAGAUGGCUUUAAGGCUCUCUAUAGAACCUUUUUCCCGAGUACCAGUUACCAACACUAUGCAAAAGCCCUGGGGCUUGAAGCGAGUGAUUUGGAUCUCAGAGAGGCGAUGAGGAAGAUUUGGGAGAUGGUGAAUGGCGGGGAAAAUGAUAAGGAGAUUAUUUUGCAUAGGCUAGGCUUAUCUUGGGCAAAGAAGGGGGUUUCUAAGAAACUACUAUGA